CUGGUUGUCGCAAAUCUCGCGAGAUUAGCAGCGAUAGUUUCUCAUCCUUGGUCUAGAAGGGCACAGAGAGCCCGGCGUUUAUACAUUUCGGCCAGGGAUCCUGACAUUCACCCUUGUUUAAACAUGUUGUCGAGAUUGGUGUUUGUUUCGGGUCAUGCCCUAAAAAACAAUGGAUCCUUCGGUGCUUGCCUGGUCCAGGCCUCUCGUUCUUUUCAUCAGUCGUCCCAGAGUUUGGCACCAGUACCCCCUCUGCCUGAGAAGGGAGGAAAGGUCCGUCAUGGCAUUUUCCCAGAGGAGCUUUUCACAUUGCUGUACCCAAAGACCGGCGUCACAGGUCCAUACAUGCUGGGCACCGGACUGCUCCUGUACAUGCUCUCAAAAGAAAUUUACGUAAUCAAUCACGAGACAUUUGCUGCCGCAUCCAUCGGUGCAGUCGUUAUUUACGGAAUCAAGAAGUUUGGACCUGAUGUAGCUGCUUUUGCUGACAAAAUCAAUGAGGAAAAAUUGGCAAAGGCCCAGGAAGUGAAGGACUUGGCAAUGGCCAACUUGACUCGGGCGAUUGAGGAUGAGACAAAGGAGCAGUGGAGAGUAGAAGGAAGACAGAUGCUGUUUGAUGCCAAGAGGAACAAUGUGGCUUUGCUGCUGGAGACCAAUUACAGGGAGCGACUGCACAUGGUGACCAAUGAGGUGAAGAAGAGGCUGGACUACCAGGUGGACCUUCAGCAUCUGCAUCGCCGCAUGGAACAGGAGCACUUGGUCAACUGGGUUGAACAGAAUGUUAUUAAAAGCAUCACCCCACAGCAGGAGAAGGAAAGCAUUGCCAAGUGCAUCGCAGAUCUUAAAGUCUUGGCCAAGACCACUGAAGCUAGGGCCACUGCAUAGGUCUCUAUUAAUAUCCACACUGAAGCCUCUUGUUUUUCAGUCUAAACCCUUCCUGUCUGAUGGUCUGUCAGUUUCGUCAAAAGUGUACAUACCCCUAUAAAAUAAAAGAUUUGGUUAUUCACUAAA